AUGACAGAACCAACUCCGACAACUACUACCAUCCCCAUCAUAUACUUGAAUGAUCCAGACGAAGCAUCCAACGUUGCCAAACUGAGACAAUGUUGCUUGGAACAUGGUUUCUUUUAUUUGGGAGGUCACGGAAUGGAAGAUAUCUUUCCGAAAAUGUUUGCCGAAUCCCAGCGACUCUUUGAAUUGUCACAAGAGGAGAAGCUAGGGUUGUAUGACGCCAAAAUGAGUCGAGGAUACCAGGCCCUUGGAUCCGAAACCUUGGAUCCAGUCUUGUCCAAGCAUGGCGACUCCAAAGAAGGAUUUUACAUUGGCAAUCACAUUCCUGUUACUGACAAACGAUACAAUCCAGCCAAACUCAAGGGACCCAAUGUAUGGCCUACUGCAGACAACUGUUCUUUGGAAAAGCCUACACAAUUUGUCGACACCAUGCAAGAAUACCAUUCCAGGGCAUCUGCAGCUGGUUUGCAAGUCAUUCAAUUGCUAGCUCUGGCGCUUGGUUUGCCGAACAAGCAUGAUUUGGACCACAACUUUACCGAAAAUUGGGCCACGGUACGAUUGUUACACUAUGCCGCCGUCCAAAGCCAACCCCAAGAAGGAUUGUUUGCCUGUGGAGCCCAUUCGGAUUAUGGAAUGAUUACCUUGCUGCUCACGGAUGAGAAUCCGGGAUUGCAAAUUCUGAGCAACCAGGAAUGGGUGGAUGUUCCACCCAAAAAGGACUUGUUUGUUGUGAAUUUGGGAGACAUGUUGGAACGAUGGACCAAUGGUAUGUUUCGUUCGACCAUGCACCGGGUGGUGACGACUGGUGAUCAGGAACGGUAUUCCGUGCCCUUUUUCUACGAACCCAACUUUGAUGCCCCUGUGGAAUGUUUGUCCGUGUGUUGCUCGGAAGAGAAUCCGGCCAAGUAUCCACCCACCACAGCGGGCCAACACAUAUUGGACAAGUACAAUCAAACCAGAGAAGAUUUCAAGUCGGAUUGA